AUGGACAACGAAGGGCACGCAAAAUUAACCGACUACGUUUCCCAAUUCAUGGCAGCAACCAGUGGCCAAACACAAUCGCAACCAACUCCGUCGACGAUGAGCGCAAACUCAACACAACUGCCAGAAAGGCCCAAGCAAGAAGCUGAGACAGAUGCCGGCUCUCAAGAAUGGUCGCCAGCUUCCUGGAGGUCGAAGCCCAUCAAGCAAGUCGUCACAUAUGAAGAUCAAGCAGCAGUAUCCUCUGCGCUGACCAAGCUAUCGAGUCUGCCGCCAAUCGUUACACCAACAGAGAUCGCGCGACUCAAGGCCAGUCUCCGCGAUGCUGCACUUGGAAAGUCGUUCCUGUUGCAAGGAGGUGACUGUGCCGAGUUGUUCUCCUACUGCGCGGACAACCCAAUCGAUGCAAAGAUCAAGCUUCUGCUGCAAAUGAGUUUGGUACUGAUUUGGGGUUCAAACAAGCCCGUCAUUCGCAUUGGCCGUAUAGCCGGACAGUAUGCUAAGCCCAGAUCAAGCCCGACGGAGAUGCUGAACGGCAAGGAAGUCCCUAGCUUCCGUGGCGAUAUCCUCAAUGGAUACGAUCCUGACGCUCGAAGAGUUGACCCUGAGAGGCUGGUCAGCGCCUACUUCCAUUCGGCGACGACACUGAAUUACAUCCGUGGACAGCUAGCAAGUGGCAUUGCUGAUCUGCACAAUCCUCUGGACUGGGAAUUGGGUCACGUGCGGGACGAGGAACUACAAACCAAGUACUCGAAAAUCGUCCACAGCAUCUCUGACUCGUUGCGCUUCAUGAAGACUAUUGGGGCGGACACAUCAGGUCAGCUGCAGACAGUAGACCUGUUCACCAGCCACGAAGGUCUCGUUCUGGAGUACGAGCAGAGCUUGACAAGGAGACUCAAGCACCCUUCAGGCUACAAGCCUUCCCAGCCCUCAAAUGACGGCAAGGGCUGGUACAACACCUCUGCUCACUUCAUUUGGAUCGGAGACCGGACUCGUCAAAUCGACGGAGGCCACGUUGAGUACUUCCGCGGUAUUGAGAACCCUAUUGGUAUCAAGGUUGGUCCUUCCAUGAAGAACGACGAGCUGGUAGAGCUGCUCGACAUUGUCAACCCGAAUAAGGAGAUUGGCAAGAUUACAUUGAUCACGCGAUAUGGUGCGGACAAGGUUGAGUCGAUGCUUGGAGCGCACAUCGAAGCUGUCAAGAGCAGUGGACACGUCGUAGUGUGGCAGUGCGAUCCCAUGCACGGCAACACGCGCAGCACGCCUACUGGCAUCAAGACCCGCUCUUUCAACAGCAUCUUCUCUGAGCUCUCAUCAGCACUCAAGAUCCACAAGCAGCACGGGUCCUUCCUCGGCGGCAUGCACCUGGAACUCACCGGCGAUGCAGUUACGGAAUGCACUGGCGGAAGUGAAGGACUUGUGGACGAGGAUUUAAGCCUGAACUAUACCACAUACUGCGAUCCCAGGUUGAACGAGAAACAGGCGUUGGAGUUGGCAUUCCUGGUCGCAGGACACUACCGUGCCGACGAAAAGCUCCUAUAG